CCCAUGGCCAUGGGCUUCAACAAGAGCCACAGGAGCAAGCUGAGGCACAGCCACCACUCUGGACACCUCACCACACACACCGAAUUCCCAAGGGACAUGAUCAGAGUGUUAUGUGGCUUCACCUCAUACAAGCAGAUCACCCUGGAGCUGCUCACAGUCUCCAAGGACAAGUAUGCCCUCAAGAUCAUCAAGAAUAGAGUGGGGACACAGAUCCAUGCCAAGAGGAAGCAACAGGAGCUGAGCAAAGUUCUGGCUGCCUACAGGAAACCAGCUGCCAAGGACUGAACCCUCUCCCCAUUCUGUGUAUAAUAAAACGUUCACAGAAAUAAAAAUAAAUACGGGAAAACAGCAAGAAAUCUAACUUGAAGUUCUAAGAAGAAGAAGAGAGUGGGGCAGAGGCAGAUAAUGGCUAAGAAUUUUCCAGAAUGAAUGAAAGACACCAAAUCAAAAGAAACUCAACAAAGCCAAAAUAGACAAAUAAAGGGAAAUU